AUGUCCUGCAUCUCCCAGCACGAGACCAGCUCCGAUAGUUCGAGGGCGUCUUCUAAGAAGCUCCUGUCGGAGACCUGGCUUAAGGAGAGCGCUAGGAUCGAGCGGGAGCUGGAGGAGCUUCGGGCGAGGAGCGCGAGCAAGCUGCGGAUGAAGUACUCGUCUGCUGAACACAUGCUGGCGGAGGAGACGAGGAAGAUGGCAGCGGCCGCUCUCGACCUUCGGCUGGAGGCAGAGAGCUCGGCGGCAAGGUGCAGGGAGCUGGAGGAGGAGGUGAGGAGGAAGGAGGACAAGAUCAAGACAAUGGAGCACGAGAUGCUGGAGAUGCGUGUGGAGCAGGAGAGGAUGGCGGAGGAGGUGGAGGGAGAGAGGAGGAGGAAGAGCAGGGGAGGAGAGGAGGCGAUGGAGACGUUCGAUGCAUCCGAGACAGCAGUGCGGGGGCCGAUGGACUGCGCCAACCUGACUCACGAUCAAGAGGCCCUGCUGGCAGCGAAGAGCAGAGUAGCAGAACUGGAGCUGCUGCUCAAGGACAAGGCCCAGGAGCUGUCGGGCUUCCAGGAGAAGGUGGAGGUAGAUGUAGAGCCGUCGAUCGCAGGUGAGGAGGAGCGAGUCGGUGGAGCAGCUUGUUGUUCUUGGUGGGGAUGUGACGAAGAUGCCAAGAUUGCAGAGAUUGAAGAAGGGUUUGCGAUCUCGCGCGCUGAGGUUGAAGAGGAGAACAAUCAGCUCAAGUCGGCUGUCAGACAGCUGAAUGAAAAACUUUCCAUGGCCAAGAAAGUGCAGGAGAUGAUGAUGAUGAUGAUGAUGAUGAUGAUGAUGAUGAUGAUGAUGCUGAUGCUGAUGAUGAUGAUGAUGAUGAUGAUGUUGAUUGCGUUUGCAUCGCUGGCACAUCGUUACGGCAAGAUCACAAUCUGUCGUGCCGAUAAGAGAAGCACGAAACAAGAUUAUCCGCAUCUUGUGUGGGAAUUCAUCCGACACUUAGGCCAUGCCGAGCACCAUGAGAACGACGCGCAUUUGCUGUCUUCCAACUUGUCUUCGACGUAA